AAUAUUUCGAGUUGUCUGUGUGAAAAUAACCCCUCCAAUCUUUAAAUUUCCCGCGAUGUCAUCGCAGCGGUUCAACCACACUCAAUCCGUCGUCUUCAUCUAGGGUUAGGGUUCACGUUCUGUAGCAAUUACAUUGGAGAAAUAUGUCUAGCGCACAGUACGAUGGUGGAGCAUCUCUCUUCUCCGGUGGCGGCUUCAUGCCGUCCCAGGCCACACAAACACCCGAGUUCGGCUUUUCAAAGUCCCGUGCGUCUCAAGGGAUUCUCCCGCUUACUGUGAAGCAGAUAAGUGAGGCCUAUGAUUCCAACGACGAUAAGUCCAAUUUCGUUGUUGAUGGAGUCGACGCUACCAAUGUGAAACUCUUGGGUAUUAUGGUGAAUAAGAUCGAGAGGGUCACUGACGUUACUUUUUCCCUUGAUGACGGAUCUGGGAGGAUUAAUGUGAAUAGAUGGGUGAAUGAAACUACAGAUACCAACGAGAUGGCUCUCGUUCAGAAUGGGAUGUAUGUCACCAUCAGAGGUAGUUUGAAAGGGUUUCAGGGCAAACGACAGGUUGUUGCUUACUCUGUCAG